GGUUCUUUAUUGAUUCAAUUCAAACAAAAUACUAUUGAAAAAUUCAGCUUUUGAGCGAUUUUUUUUCUCUAUCUUUAAGAUUCACACCGAAAUUAAUUCCGGCAAAAGCUUCUAGUGCCAUACAACAAACAGAUCUCAGAAUGAUCAUAAACAUUACAAGUUGGUCCUUUAUUUCCAUUGGUUGACUUUGUAGUUUCUUUCAUUGGGGAAUCUGCGGCAACUUGGUCAAUCUUUGAUUUUUUGCAAAGCAGACAGCAUGAUGGAUGUCAUGGGAGUUACCAGCGUCACAUUGAACGACUCCCUCACCACCACGACACUUCUAGGCUCCGAGGAGGAUUUGUCGGCCAAUGACGUCAUAGGGGCUCUUCUAGAAGAGACCGGCAACACUCUGGAGUGGCAGUGGGACGUAGCAUAUCUGGCCAUGAGUCUCAUCUGGCUCAUUCUGGGGGUGCCUGGGAAUCUUCUGGUGCUGCUGUCUAUCGUCUCCUACAAGGAAUUAAGGACAAUCCCGAUGGCACAGACUGCCAACCUGGCGAUGAGUGACCUGACAGUGUCGGCCAUGAAUGUAGUGUCCACUUGGAGUCUGCUGCUGUUCGAUGCCAACCUAAUGACCAAGUACAACUUCAUCUGUCUCAUCACUGGCUACAUCUGUGGCGUGGGCUGCAGGUGUUCCAUCGCAUCCAUAUGCUGCAUUGCAAUCAACAGGUACUUCGCCAUCUGUCAGAACCAUAUCUACUCUGUGAUCUACAAUAAGUUCACCAUGCCCCUCCAUAUGCUGCUGCCCUGGAUGAUUGGACCAGUGGUGAUGCUGCCUGCAGUGGUCAAGGGGGAUGUGGCAUUCCGCUACGACAGGCGACAGCUCAUUUGCCCCCCUUGGUACUUCACUGAAGACGGUUAUGAGCCAGUGCAGUGGUGGGAGACCCUGUGGCUGCUGCCACCCUCUCUGGCCAUCAUGGCAUUCAGCAGCUACAAGAUAUUCGCCACAGUGCACGAGAGCGGCAGGAACUUCAGUGGUAACAAGACAUACACUGAGAGAGACAUCCAGCUGCUCAAGGUCCUCAUCAUCAUGUUCUUCGUCUUCAUCGGGGCCAACUUCCCCUGGUUCCUAUUGGUCAGUUUCGACUUCAACGACCGCGCCCACCAUGGAUUCUAUUACGUCACAGUAUGGCUGGUCCACACCGCCACCACCCUCAACCCAGUCAUCUAUGCCGCCAAGUACCCCCAGUUCCAGAAGUGCUUCAAGAAACUGGCCAACCGCUUCUUCUGCAAACGCAUCUUCGUGGUAGCCUCACCUGGCAUGAGCACCAUCGCAGCACUGAGGAAUAAUGCGAAAAUGAACAUGUCACCAGCAGAACAUUCGAACGCCAGGCAGCUAGCAAAUCCCGAAUAACUUCUGAAAAGAUUACUUCUUCAAAACAAUGAAGUUAACAAUUCAUUCCAACAAGCAGUCAACUGAUCAUAAUUUUAGAACAAUUCUGCGUCAAAAAAGAACUCAAAAAAGAACUCUUGUGUCAAAAAAAAGAGUCAGCUGCAGUAAUCGAGACUAGACUUAUCAAACAGCAUGUUUUGAAUAAACUCGAGCAGUGGAAGUCUUUUAUUUUGAUUUGAAUCAUGUACUGAAAAGUUUCCGAAAGUUUCUCUGUUUAUCGCCCCCCCCCAUGGUUUAGUAAACGCAAACC